AUGGGGGACACCCGCACGGACACCCAUGGGGUGACUGGGAAUCGCCCCGCAGAGCACUGCAAGCACAAAUCGGCAGCGGAGAACCUGGUUUUGGCGCAGCAGCUGCUGGAGGGAGAGGAGCUGGCGUUGGCCAAGGUGGCUGUGCUGCUGCUGUACCACACCUCCAUGAGCUGCAAGAGCCCCGGGGACUGGAAUGAGUUUGACUACAAGACUCAGGUUGAGCUCGCAGCCAUCCUCAAAUUCGUGCUGGACAACGAGGAGAGCCUGAAUGAGAACCUGGAGAUGUUUCUGCUGAGGAAAGCGCCGCUCUCCUCGUCCGGCAGCAGCUCCGAGGAGCACUCUCCACUGCUCUCCUUCCCGCACAAGCGAGAGGUGCGGUUCCUGGAGCUGCAAAAGAUCGCCUCCUCCUCCUCCUCCUCCGCCAACAACGCGCUGCCCGGCCCCCCAUCCUCCCCCAUGGGGGACGUGAUGCAGACCCCCCAGUUCCAGCUGCGGCGGCUGAAGAAGCAACUGGCUUCCGAGAGGGAGAACCGGGACGAGCUGGAGGUGGAGCUGGCAGAGAACCGCAAACUCGUCACGGAGAAGGAGGCGCAGAUCUCCAUGAUGCAGCAGCGCAUCGACCGCCUGACGCUGCUCAACGAGAAGCAAGCGGCCGACCAACUGGAGCCCAGGGAGAUGGAAGAGCUGAGGGAGAAGAACGAGAGCCUGAUGGUGCGCUUGCACGAGGCCCUCAAGCAGUGCCAGGACCUGAAGACCGAAAAAGGCCAAAUGGACCGAAAAAUCAACCAGCUCUCUGAGGAGAACGGGGACCUUUCCUUCAAGCUGCGGGAGAUCGCCAGCCACUUGGUGCAGCUGCAGGAAGCCCUGAACGAGCUCUCGGAGGAGCACAACGCCGCCCUGGAGCAGUCACAGGAAAAACAGGGGCAGCUGGAGAGCGAGCUGCGCGCUGCCCUGCAGGAGAAGAAAUGCUCAGAGGAGAAGAUCGAGAUCCUCCAGGGGAAGGUUUCACUGCUGGAGGAUCAGCUGGCCAAGCUGCGCGAUUGCAGCGCCCAGGAGAAGGGAGAGGUCAUGGGCGACGUCCUGAAGCUGGAAGAGCUGAAGCAGGAGGUGUCCAACCUCGCCGCGAAAGGAGCCGAGCUCCAGGCCACCGGCGAGCGCGGCCGCUUGGAGGAGGAGAAGCAGCAGCUGGGCGGCCUUGUCACCAGCCUCCAGAGCUCCCUCACUGAAAGCCACCGCGCCAGGGAGAAGCUGGAGCAGGACCUGCGGGUGCAGGAGGCCGAGGCGAGGCGUGAGGCGGAGGCCGGGCGUCUCGCCACCAUCGAGGCCAAGCACGAGAGGGACUCAGCCCUGCAGCAGCUCCAGCACCUGCGGGAGGCCAACGCGGCCCUAAACAACCAACUGCAGGCCAUGGCGCAGG